CCUCCUAUAAAUAAAAACCACCUUGCACUUUGUAUUGUAUAACAUACAUCAUAAACAUAAAUAAACUUUCUUUGUAGCAAGCAGCAAUGAAGCCAAUCGACGAGAAACAAGAGACGGUAACAAUAAGAGCAGUGAGUCACGACGAAGAAGGAAAAAAGAGAGUUGAAAAAACAGAACUAAACACACACAACAUAGACACAAUCAAACAUGUGGAGAAGAAACUCAUCAACAACGGUGUCCAACGUCUGGACCGCCACCCUGUCGACGGCAUAGGCAUUGGCCGUGGACCGCCGAAGUCUGGUCGUGGUGGUAAGUUUACUUGGGAAGGUCCGGCUGAUAUGGUUGAUAAUAUGCUUGAUCCGGCGCCGGCGGCUAUGGAUGAGAAUGAUCCUAAUUAUGUAGACGAGGAAGAUGGAGAGGAUGCUGCUAAGGAGUUGAUUGUUGGUGAUGUUGAUGUUGCUAAGGUUGGUGGGGAAAGAGAUGGUGUUGCUAGAGUUGAUGUUGAUCCUCGUUUGGUUGCUAAUUAAUCUCUUCAUUGAUUUAGUUUGUUUAAUUUUAUUUUUUAAGUUGGUUGUUUGUGUUGUAAUAUGUUGAUUAUGUGGAAUGUGUGAUCCGUUGUAAAUAUAAUCAAGCAAGAAUGUAACAGUUUGUUUAAAUUUCCUUAUUAAUCUUUUGCAGAAUCCAGAGUGAAACAGAUAAAAGAAAUAAUAGGAACUACAGGGUUUAUUAUUUGCA